ACACCACGAAGAAGAAAAUAACGGAAGCUCACAAACGGCGCCGAAUGAAAGUCGCACCGUCCCUGAUGGCUGAACUACAAUCGCCUCUCUCAGUAUAGCUUUUAAUGACCUCAGUUGUAAUUUUUGUGUUCAUAUAAAACGUACAACAAUCACAUGCUGUCCUCAAGAAGUCAAUAAGAUUAUUGCAUGAGACGAGCACGAUGGAUGCCGACCAGCAGCUGAGAAACGUAAGUCAUUCUUGCUAGCUCCGUGAUUUCCUUCUUGUGUACAACCGCAUGACGGAGAACUGCUUCCAACACUGCACUAGUAACUUCAACUACAGGAACCUAACUAUGGAUGAGGAGCGCUGCGUGGACAACUGCGCGGGGAAGCUGAUCCGCUCCAACCAUCGCCUGAUGGGAACCUAUGUGCAGCUGAUGCCUCGCAUGAUGCAGCGGCGGAUGGACGAGAUCGAGAGCAAGGCCGCUGAGAACGCCAAGGCGGCGGAAGCGGUAGAAACCUCUGCUGUCGCCACGGCGACACCUCAGGAAUUGCAAUUGCCGCAGCCAGUGACCGACCGGUGACGUCUAUAUUUCACUAACUGAGACACGAAUGCUCGGCUGAUUAAAAAAAACAAACUCUGGAAUGAACAACCAUGUUAUCAGGAAGUCAUGCCUUCUAGAACAUAGGAGAUUUAUUUGGGGUUCAUCAGAAUCACUUUAAAUGGUAACAGAUGUGUGCUCAUUCCCAAAUAGCACAAGUUUGAAUAUUUGUUAUGGAGAGUGCACAAUUGUGCAUCCACGUUGUCUUGGUUGUUUUUCUGCUCUGUGAAACAUUUUUAUUCUCUUAAUAAGUUGUACAGGUUAUAGGUCAAUAAAAUUUUGAAAUGGUU